AUGCCCUCUGAUUGGUUGACACUCUUCCGUGCUCUUUUGUGCCUUAGCACCAUUGUAGGGGUCUGCCUGUCCUCUUCCGUGCCCUGGGGCACAUCUCCAGGCGUGUCUACCCUUAUUUCUGUCCUAGGGCAUCCUAGUUGUACAUCUCCAGCAGUGGCUUAUUCGUGUGUUUGACUCCCCCAUACGUUACUUCUUCAAUGACAUGUCUAAUGACCUGGGGAGUUCCAAGACAUCUAUGAGUGGGGGUACUAUUCCUACUGUGCCUACAGUGCAUCCAGCACCUUCUUUAUCGGGAGUUGUGAUAAUUGUCACUCACACUUUUUGGGUGUUGAGAAUUAUCACAAAUGGGGUCAUUUUUUUCAUGUUUAUCUUGUAGGACAUGAUCUACUCAUGUUUGUGUUUGCCAAUGUGUGGCUAGAAUAUUUGUCAAUGUUCGCCAAUGUGGCUAGGAUAUUUGAUCAUACUUUGUUUUUUUAUACCUAUUUCAUUAGGGAGAGUUAUUAUACUUUAGUUUAUGUUGAUAAUAACAUAAUUAUAGAAAGUUGUGCUAUUGAACAAGAUCAUUUGAGCAAAUAUCUUGUCAAAGAGUUUGUCAUCAAGACUCUAGGUCACGUUAAAUACCUUUUGAGUAUUGAGGUGGUCCAUUCUUCCAAGGGCAUCUUCAUCUCUCAACAAAAGUAUGUUGUAGAUCUUCUAAAGAAUAUUGAAAAGUCUACACAUAAACAAACCAGCACCCCUCUUGAUCCUACUCACAAACUUUGUUUCGGUGAAUAGGAGAAGUAUAUUGAUCAAGAGAUGUAUCAACUUCUCAUUUGAUGGUUGGUAUAUCUCACACAUACUAGACAUGACAUUUCUCAUGCAAUUAGUCUCCUAAGUUGGUUCAUACGUCAAGCAACUAAAUCACAUCUUCAUGUUGUCUAUCGGGUGCUAUAUUGCUUGAAAGUUACUCUUAGAAAAAAAAUCAUCAAACAUGGUGAUAAUAUAUUAGUUGACAUAUAUACAAAUGCUAAUGAUGUUGGUUCUCCCUUGGAUCACUAAUUAACUUUGGGUUUUAUAAUAUUUUUAGGAGGUAAUUUUGUGACUUGGUGCAGCAAGAAACAAAGUGUUGUUGCUCACUCAAGUGCUGAAGUAGAAUUCAGAGCACUUGUGCCUAGGAUAUGUGCAUUGCUUUGA